GCCGUCCGGAUCGGGAGGUGGGAGCUCCGUAUGGCUGCGGAAAACUUCUGGAAAGGCUUACUCGCACUAGUGCUGCUCACUUUCAACAGUAGUCCGGAGUUCAACUGCAACUUCAACAUGUCCUACAUAAAAGUUGACGCAAAUUCAGACUUCUCUUAUCACAACCUCCCUUAUGGAGUUUUUUCGACUCCAGACAAUUCACGGCACAGGAUCGGCGUUGCUAUUGGAGAUCACAUCUUGGACUUGAGCGUCGUUAAGCAUCUUUUCAACGGACCCGAACUCGCUGCGCGUCAGGACGUUUUCGACCAGCCUACGCUCAACGAUUUCAUGGGCCUUGGAUACGAUGCGUGGAGGGAAGCCAGAAGAUACCUACAGAUGUUUCUAUCCGCAAACGAGUCCACGCUGCGGGACGAUGUGCAGCUGAGGAGCAGAGCUUUUGUUGACCAGAGCUUUGCAGUGAUGCAUCUACCGGCUGAGAUAGGGGACUACACGGACUUCUACUCCUCCCGAGACCACGCCACUAACGUCGGGAUCAUGUUCCGUGGGAAGGAGAACGCGCUGAUGCCCAACUGGCUAAGGCUACCAGUGGGCUAUCAUGGGAGAGCUUCCUCGCUUGUAGUCUCAGGAACCCCAAUCAGAAGACCUCGGGGCCAGAUGAGGCCAGACCCAGCCAGAGCUCCUGUGUUUGGACCAUCGAAGCAGUUGGACAUUGAGCUGGAGAUGGCAUUCUUUGUGGGGCCAGGUAACAGGCUGGGAGAGCCCAUUCCUGUGGAGCGAGCCCAUGAGUACAUCUUUGGCAUGGUCUUGAUGAACGACUGGAGCGCCAGGGACAUCCAGGCUUGGGAAUACGUACCGUUGGGUCCCUUUUUAGGCAAGAACUUUGGCACCACCAUCUCACCUUGGGUGGUUCCCAUGGAGGCAUUGAUGCCCUUCGUGGAGGCCAACCCAGUUCAGGACCCGGAGCCCCUCCCAUACCUCCUCCACAGUGAUCCGUACACCUUUAACAUCAACCUCUUUGUCUCCAUCAAAGGGGUAGGCAUGACCAAGGCAGCCAGCAUUUGCGAGUCCAACUUCAAGUACAUGUACUGGACCAUGAAGCAGCAGCUGGCACAUCACACAGUGAAUGGAUGCAACGUCAGACCAGGAGACCUACUAGCAUCUGGCACCAUCAGUGGACCGGAACCCAAAAGCUUCGGCUCAUUGUUGGAGCUCUCGUGGAGAGGUUCAAAGAUGAUUGAUCUGGGUGGAGGAGAGACCAGGACUUUCCUUAAGGAUGGAGAUGAGGUCACCAUUACAGGCUUUUGUGAGGGUCUGGGAUACCGGGUGGGUUUCGGGCCAUGCAUGGGAAAGAUCCUUCCUGCCCUGCAACAGUAACAUACCCCUCUCCCCAUCUCCUCCUCUCUCCUCUUCUUCUCUUCUAUCUCAUCCCUCCAUCCUUCACUCACCCUGCUGAGUUCUUAAUGCCUCAUCAGUCAUGUUCAAAUAUUCACGACCUCUACAAACCUCUUGCCACAAUGAAGGCUACUUGUGCAGGCCUUUAAAGAUUUAUUUUGGAAAUAUCAAAGGCUUAUUCUCAGUGUGAACUUUACAUAAAUCAAUAAUGUGUUUGUUAUUGUCAAUCUAGCAAUAAAUUGAUUGAUUCCUUUUCA